AUGCCUCUUGCCCAAAUCGGCAAAGUUGCAGCCAUCACCGGCGGACUAACGGGAAUCGGAAGAGCCAUCGCUCUCGACUAUCUCCGCCACGGCGCCAAGGUGGCAGUCAAUCAUCUCGGGGGCCCGAGUGACGAGCCCUUCCUGGAAGCCUUGCGGAGGGACGUUGCUGAGAUCGUCGGGUCCGAGGAAGGCAGGUUCCUCAGUGUCGCGGGGGACGUGACACAGCCCGCAACGGGGCGGGAAUUUGUGGAGAAGACGGUUGAGGCGUUCGGACGGCUAGAUGUGUUUGUGAGCAACGCGGGCGUGUGCAAGUUUGAAGAUUUCCUGGAGUACGCUCGCGCUUUGCCUUACCUUCUCUCUGCCCCCGUCGAUCCUCCCCUCCUCGGCCACACGGUCUCGACGAAUCUCUGCGGCGCCUUCUACGCAACCCAAGCCGCCGCGCGGCAGAUGGCGAAGGCUCAGUCGCCGCCGGGCGGCUCGAUCAUCGGCAUCAGCUCGAUCUCGGCGCUCGUGGGCGGCGGGCAGCAGACGCACUACACCCCCACCAAGGCCGGGGUGCUCAGCCUGAUGCAGUCGUGUGCGGUGGCGCUGGGCCAGUACGGGAUCCGGUGCAAUGCACUACUCCCCGGGACCAUCCGGACGCAGUUGAAUGAUGCGGAUAUGAGUGAUCCUGCGAAGAGGGCGUAUAUGGAGGGCAGGAUUCCGCUGGGGCGAUUGGGUCAGCCGCCCGACUUGGCUGGUCCAGCGGUGUUUUUGGCGUGUGAGGAGUUGAGUGGCUAUGUGACUGGUGCACAGCUUCUUGUGGAUGGAGGACUGUUUGUGAAUCUCCAAUGA